GGCUUCUCCAAGUGCGCACGGUGGCUGCAGCUGAGGGAGCGACUCCUCCUGCCGUACCCAGACGCGUCCUGACGGAGCAGCCUGCGCUCCCGGCGUGGAUUUAAAAGAACAGCCAGCAGAGGAGCCCGUCAACUGCUCCUCACUGGACCUGCCGCGGGGACGCGAAUCCGGGGAUUAUUUGCUUAUGUGAACCAUGAAGAUGUGAGGGGGUUUACACGCUGUGAAGAAAGAAAAAAAAAAGGAACUCCGAGGGGCUGACAAAAAGGUACAAGUGAGCGAGUAACAAGAAGAAGAAGAGGAAGAGGAAGAAGAAGAAGAAGAAGAAGGAGAAGAAGAAGCCACUGGAGCAGCUGAAGAUAUGAAGCUAAAAAGGUUUUGAAAACAACCCAGCGAGUGCCAAGCCAUCCUGUGUGAAGACCCCGCUGUCCCCUGCGCAGUCGGGGCCUCGGCUCUCCAGGCCAGGUCAAGGAUCAGUCCCACCCCGCCCUGCCCCCAUCCUUCUCCUACUGGAGCCAAGAUGGCCACCAAGGAUGCCCCUCGCCUCUCCCUGCCACUCCUGCUGCCUGUCACCACUCUGCUGCUAUCACUGCUGCUCACCAGCGCCCUUGCCUUAUCACCACCACGGUUCACCAAAGUCCCCGUGGACCAGAUCGGCGUCUCGGGGGGCGUGGUGUCCUUCGUCUGCCAGGCGACAGGUGACCCCAAGCCGAGGGUGAGCUGGAACAAGAAAGGCAAGAAGGUCAACUCCCAGCGCAUAGAGACCAUCGAGUUCGACGAGGGCGCCGGCGCCGUGCUCCGAAUCCAGCCCCUGCGUGCGCCGCGCGACGAGAACAUCUACGAGUGCGUGGCGGAGAACAGCGAGGGCGAGAUCACCGUCAAUGCCAAGUUGUCCAUCAUCCGAGAGGACCUACUUCCACUAGGCUUCCCUAACAUCGACAUGGGCCCUCAACUGAAAGUGGUGGAGCGCACUCGAACAGCCACCAUGCUCUGUGCUGCCAGUGGAAACCCUGACCCGGAAAUUACCUGGUACAAAGACUUCCUGCCCAUUGACCCCAGUGCAAGUAAUGGGCGAAUCAAACAGCUACGCUCAGGUGCCUUGCAGAUCGAGAACAGCGAGGAGACAGACCAGGGGAAGUACGAGUGCGUGGCGUCUAACGUGGAAGGCGUGCGCUACUCGUCCCCUGCUAACCUUUAUGUGCGAGAGCUUCGAGAAGUCCGGCGGGUGCCUCCUCGCUUCUCCAUUCCACCGACGAGUCAGGAAAUUAUGCCUGGUGGCAGUGUGAACAUUACGUGCGUUGCGGUGGGGUCGCCCAUGCCUUACGUCAAGUGGAUCCUGAACUCUGAGGAUUUGACACCGGAGGAUGAGAUGCCAGUGGGCAGGAAUGUUCUCGAACUGAGCAGCGUUCGUGAGUCAGCUAACUACACCUGCGUGGCCAUGAGCAGCCUUGGCAUCAUUGAAGCUGUGGCGCAGAUCACUGUCAAAUCUCUCCCCAAGCCUCCAGGUACCCCUGUGGUUACUGAAACCACAGCCACCAGUGUAACCAUCACCUGGGACUCAGGCAACCCGGACCCAGUGACUUACUACAUCAUCCAGUACAGGGCAAAGUCCCCAGACAGCAAGUAUGAGACGGUGGAUGAUAUCACCACUACACGCUACAGCAUUGGUGGCCUCUACCCCAACACAGAGUAUGAAAUCCGCGUCUCAGCCAUCAACACAAUUGGUCAGGGUCCUCCCAGUGAGCCAGUAGAAACCCGGACUGGAGAGCAAGCCCCCGCCAGUCCACCGCGAAACAUUCAGGCCCAGAUCAUUUCCCAAAACACCAUGAUGGUGCGCUGGGAAGAACCCGAGGAGCCCAAUGGGCAGAUCAAGGGAUACCGGGUUUAUUACACCAUGGAUGACUCUCAGCCAAUGAGUCUCUGGCAGAUUCACAAUGUCCAGGACAGCAUAAUCACUACGAUCCAGAGCCUGGUUCCUCAAGAGACGUACUCAAUCAAAGUCUUAGCAUUCACAUCUGUAGGCGACGGACCCUUCUCAGAGCCCAUCCAUGUCAAAGUACUGCAAGGAGUUCCAGGUCAACCAUCCAAAUUCCACGUCGGUGCCGUGGCUGACAUAAGCAUUGAACUGGUCUGGGAACCUGCUUAUGAAAAGGAAGGAAUUAUCAGCUAUGAACUUCGCUACAGAGAAGGCAGUUUCGGGACUCCGAUGAAGAAGACAUUUGGACCAACAUCGUCAUUUGUUGUGGAAGGGCUCCGCCCAAACACAGAAUACCACUUCUCCUUGGCAGCCAUUUCAGUCAAAGGCAUCGGAGCCUUCACAAAUGACAUAUCGCAGAAGACCUUGCAAGCCAAACCCUCAGCCCCCCCUCAAGAGAUUAAGUGCAGCAGCACCAGCUCCACCACCCUGCUGGUAAGUUGGCACCCCCCGCCUUUGACGAGUCAGAACGGUGUCCUGGCAGGGUAUAGGGUGCGCUACCAGGUGGUGGGCCCGCCAGAAAGCGGCGGUGACGAUGGGGAGACCCCGGAGGAGCCGACGGUGCCUGCCACCGAAGAGCAGGUGCUGCUGCAGCGCUUGGAGAAGUGGACCCAGUACCACAUCACUGUGUCUGCCUUCACCGUGAUCGGACCGGGCCCUGAGAGCGAGCCCCUGACCUGCCGGACAGACGAAGAUGUUCCGGGGGCUCCUCCAAGGCGGGUGGAGGUGGAGGUCCUCAACUCCACAGCACUAAAGGUGAUGUGGCGCUCCAUGACGCCUGGCAAGCAGCACGGUCAGAUCCGUGGCUACCAGGUUCACUAUGUACGUGUGGAAAAUGGCGAGUCAAGGGGCCUGCCCCUCAUCAAGGACGUCAUGCUGGCUGAUGCCCAGUGGGAAACGGACGAUACAGCUGAAUAUGAAAUGGUCAUUGGAGGACUCAAGCCAGACACCACUUACUCCAUCACGGUGGCAGCAUACACCACCAAAGGUGAUGGAGCCCGGAGCAAACCCAAACUGGUGGUGACAAAAGGGGCAGUGCCCGGUCCACCCUACAUGUCUGUGGCUCAGGACUCGGAGAUAUCAGCUGUUGUUCGCUGGGACCCUCCAGAUCUGACCAAUGGCAUGGACCUGCAGGGUUUCCGUCUCCAGUUUGGGCGGAAAGAUGUCUCCCCUUUGGCCACGCUGGAAUUUGCUCCCCAGGAACGACAGUACUCUGUGGGCAACAUUCACCGGGGUGCCACUUAUCUCUUCAAAAUCUCUGCCAAGAGCAGGGGGGGCUUUGGGGAAGAGGCUGUUGUGGAACUUGGUGUGCCUGAGAAUUCGCCAGGGGGAUAUCCUCAAAUUAGUGAGGGCUCCCAUGUGACAUGCUGCUCAGUGCAACUGUCCUGGUCUCCACCAGUGCUGGCGGAGAGGAACGGGGUAAUCACAGAGUACACUUUGGCCUACAAAGAAACCGGUGCCAAAGGAGCACCGCGGGAGCUGCGCUUGUCCCCCAACCUGUCCGACUACGUGCUCAACAGCCUCAAACCGAACUCAGCAUACGAUGUGAAAAUACGUGCACACACCAGUGUAGGUCCAGGGCCCUACAGCCCUCCUAUCCAGUAUCGGACGGUGGCCUCUGAUCCAGCAGAUGUCCCCAAGAAUUUCACUGUCAAGUGGGCCACCAAGACCACAGUGGUUCUGGCAUGGAAGUUCUCUGAAAGCAAGUCUCCAUACAAAUGCACGAUUGAAUACAACCGUCAGAAGAUGGAUGUUGAUGCCAGGCAGAUGAGGGUGCUUGUCACCGGACUAAGGCACAACAGCACCUAUGAGUUCAGGGUUACCUGCCAAGAAAGCAUGGAUGGUGGGCCGAGACACCGCGUGGUGGCCAGGACCGCGCCUCUCAUCCUGGUCAAGAAACCCAAGCUGGACAUCUAUGCUGAGCCGGACAACAUGCUCACGAUGUCCUUCUCUCCGAUCGAUACGCCGGAGGUCAAGAACUUCUAUGUGGUCGUGGUACCACUCAAGAGGACCUCUGGAACUGUUAAGAACCUGAAGAACCCCGAUGAGAUGGACAUGGAAGAGCUGCUGCGGGAGGUGACCCCGAAGCGUCGCACGCGCCGCCAGCUGGCGCAGCUGGACCAGAGGAUGCCCUACAUUACAGCCUGCUUCAGGCAGCUGCCCUCCAGCUUCACGGUGGGAUCGGACCACCGCCACAGCAGCUGUGAGAACAAGCCUCUUGAACCAGACCAGGAGUACGUCUUCUUCCUGCUGGCUGAACUCAACGCCACCGCUGGGAAAAUGUUUGCUACCAGCCCUUAUACCGACACAGUGAUGACCCCUAAGAUGGUGGUGGACCCUCUGCCAGUGGAGACUGGCGAUGGACUCAUAUGGGUGGUGGGCCCAGUGUUGGCUGUGGUCUUCAUCAUCUGCAUCGUCAUCGCCAUUCUCCUUUAUAAAAACAAACCUGACAGCCGCAAGAGAAAAGAGUCAGAGCCGCGCGCAAAGUGUCUGCUGAACAACGCAGACAUCACACCCCACCACCCCACAGACCCCGUGGAGAUGAGACGCAUCAAUUUCCAAACUUCAGAUUCUGGUCUAAGCAGUCCUCAGAGUGAAGCAGAUUUUGACUAUGAAAGUAUGAUGAAUCAUCCUCCCAUCCCCAUCUCCGAGCUGGCAGAGCACACAGAGCUUCUGAAGGCCAACGACAACCUCAAGCUCUCACAGGAAUAUGAGUCCAUCGAUCCAGGCCAGCAGUUCACCUGGGAACACUCCAACCUGGAGGUGAACAAGCCCAAAAAUCGUUACGCCAACGUCAUCGCCUACGACCACUCCCGUGUCAUCCUGGCUCCCAUCGAUGGUAUCACAGGCAGCGAUUAUAUCAAUGCCAACUACAUUGAUGGCUACAGGAAGCAGAAUGCCUACAUCGCCACUCAGGGUCCAUUGCCGGAGACGUUUGGGGACUUCUGGAGGAUGGUGUGGGAACAGAGGGCCGCCACUGUGGUCAUGAUGACCCGGCUGGAGGAGAAGUCACGGAUCAAGUGUGACCAGUAUUGGCCCAGUCGGGGCACAGAAACCUAUGGUAUGACCCAAGUCACCCUGCUGGACACAAUAGAACUGGCCACUUUCUGUGUCCGCACUUUCUCCUUGCACAAGAACGGCUCCAGCGAGAAGCGGGAGGUUCGUCAGUUCCAGUUCACGGCGUGGCCCGACCACGGUGUGCCAGAGUACCCGACGCCCUUCUUGGCCUUCCUCCGCAGAGUGAAGACCUGUAACCCGCCCGACGCCGGACCCAUCAUAGCCCACUGCAGUGCGGGUGUCGGGCGGACGGGCUGCUUCAUCGUCAUCGAUGCCAUGCUUGAGCGCAUCAAGCACGAGAAGACGGUCGACAUUUACGGCCACGUGACGCUGAUGCGGUCACAGCGGAACUACAUGGUGCAGACGGAGGACCAGUACAGCUUCAUUCACGACGCACUGCUGGAGGCGGUGGCCUGCGGCAACACAGAGGUGGCUGCCCGGAGCCUCUACUCCUACAUCCAGAAGCUGGCCCAGGUGGAGAGCGGCGAGCACGUCACCGGCAUGGAGCUCGAGUUCAAGCGUUUGGCCAACUCCAAAGCCCACACGUCGCGCUUCAUCAGUGCCAACCUUCCCUGCAACAAAUUCAAGAAUCGGCUGGUCAACAUCAUGCCCUAUGAGACCACGCGCGUCUGCCUGCAGCCAAUCAGAGGCCUGGAAGGAUCCGACUACAUCAAUUCCAGUUUCAUUGAUGGAUACAGGCAACAGAAAGCCUACAUCGCCACACAGGGGCCCCUGGCAGAGACUACAGAAGACUUCUGGAGAAUGCUCUGGGAGAACAACUCCACCAUUGUAGUCAUGUUGACCAAACUGAGAGAGAUGGGACGGGAAAAGUGUCACCAAUAUUGGCCUGCUGAGCGCUCCGCCAGGUACCAGUACUUCGUAGUCGACCCCAUGGCUGAGUACAACAUGCCCCAGUACAUCCUUCGAGAGUUCAAGGUCACAGACGCCAGGGAUGGCCAGUCCAGGACAGUGAGGCAGUUCCAGUUCACCGAUUGGCCAGAGCAAGGUGUCCCCAAAUCCGGGGAGGGAUUCAUUGAUUUCAUCGGCCAGGUCCAUAAAACCAAGGAGCAGUUUGGACAGGAUGGCCCAAUCUCUGUCCACUGCAGCGCUGGCGUGGGCAGGACUGGAGUCUUCAUCACCCUCAGCAUUGUCCUGGAGAGAAUGCGCUAUGAAGGCGUGGUCGAUAUCUUCCAGACAGUGAAGAUGCUCCGGACACAGAGGCCAGCCAUGGUCCAGACUGAGGAUGAAUACCAAUUCUGCUAUCACGCAGCUCUGGAGUACUUAGGAAGCUUUGAUCACUAUGCAACGUAAAAAGCCAUCUCCCCCCCCCCCCCCAGAAUCCUGUCGCCCCCUCUCAACAGUCCCCCUGAGCCAUAGAAACUUUGAAAUUUGAAAAACGACGACAGCAAGACCACCGCUAGUUCAGACACACCAAACAGGCUCCUGCUGUAGACGAAGUUAGUUAAGACUACAAUUCCAAUUCGAAAAAACCAAGAGACCCUUCGCGAGGAAGCGAGGAAAAUUGCCCAUCGCCGAGAAAAAAAGAAAAUCCUCACCAGGGGAGGAAGCAGAAGCUGUGGCUCAAGCUGUGGGGCGGGGAUCGAUCAAAGUGUCUGACUGCUCACCUUACCUCAAGUGUUUCGAUGUGGAGGACAUUGUUAAACAUUCGUGGACGUCUCUCUUCUCAAAAGUAUCUUCGUGAUACAACGGUGACAAGCUACAGAUAAUGAAGGAGAAGGCAACAUCAAAAAUCAGUGCGAGGCAGAUGGAUGUAGCCAAGACGGGGGGGAACUUUCUCGUUUCGUUUUUUUUAUAUAUAUGACUGGGUGUGAAGGGGGUUAAAGUAUUUCUAUCAAGACGUUUUGUGAGCGAUGUCCGCAGAGAUGACCGAAUCGAGGUGGCCUGUGUGAACCCAAGCGGUUCUCCCCAAACUCUGAAAAAUGAAAUCUAGCACGAGAACGCUCGUGAACCUGGCGUCAGAUGAACUCUUCGGUUCUACACCGUUCCACUAACGAUUCUGCGUAAGACGUGUGGACAAACACUCAACUAGCUAGGACGCAGACAUCACACAACCGCCCGUUCUUGGAGAAGGCGCCGUUAGCAGCCGUCGGGAAGAGAAGCGGCAACGCAUAUCUUAAGAUCGGCCAGUUCCAUGAAUUGUGAACUCUCGCAAAAUCGGCAUCUUAAGCCGGGAAGCCUCGGUGACGUUGUGCCACAGUGUGUUGACAGUAAGCAAGGAGCCGGCCGGGGGGAAACCUGGCCUUCGCAAGAAGCUGUGGCUGGGCGGUCUUUCUGCGGAUGGUCAAGGUGGGAGAAACGGCGACCGUGUCCCUUGCUUUUCUUUUCUUUUCUACAAUCACUCCUCUCUCCCGAACCAUUGCCAUCAUGGGGCGUCGGUGUUAAGAUCCACCUUCAUGAGCAGGAGAUCAAUCUGGUGGGCGAGAAGCCUCGGAAACAAACGGAACAAACCCAACAAGGAAUUGCCGAAAAAGUCGGGACUCUCUUUGUGUACAGUGACCAAUGCUCAUCGUUGUGUAGAACUUUCUUCCUUUUUUUUUUUUGUCUUUUGAGGAAUUUUCUCCGUUUUCUUUUUCUGUCAAAAACCAAACAUGCUGCUUAUCUUGUGUAUGCUGUACGUGUGACUCUUUGAGGGAGCGGAAACUGACCCCCCCCCCCGCCCCCCGGGGGCGGACGUGACUGAAAGUGCAUCAACAUGACAUCACGGUCCAUCGGACUUUUCCAGCCCUCCUUUGUUUUCCAGCCUCCUCUAUAAUCAUCUGUUUCACUGUAUAAGACGCUCAGAGGGGCAGAGGCCUGUUGCAAUUGCAAAGCUUUACGUUCAUGGGAUUUGGCGGGGGGGGGGGGGGGAGUUGGCCUUUCGUUCCACUGUAUGUGUUUGGUAACAGUUGGCUGAGCAAAGUAGAUGCUUUGGUUUUUGUCCUCCGUUUUAUAGACGAUGUCUCCGUCGGUGACACAGCCUGACCAGGCAGCCAUGUUGGAUCUUAAUGCCAUGAUGUGAUAAUGAAAUUCUUUGGUACAAAAAACUUAACUUGCACAUCCCUUAGGAAAAAAAAGAAGAAAAAAAAAGAAACUUGAAACAAAUACCCCCCCCCCCCCAAAAAAAAACAGCUGCAGGUUGACGCACUAAUGUAUAUGUCUGAUGAAAAAAAAAAUAAUAAUAAUCAAGCUUUUGAAAUAACCAGGUUUUCAUUUUCAGAUCAGCGCUUUGGUAUAAACGGAGGUUCCCGGUGGGCGUGCACAAAAACCAGAGCAAUGGACAGAACUGUGUGUAAUCUUUUCUUAUUUCCAAAAAAGCCUUAUUGUAACAUUAUGAGACAUUAAUGUUGUAUUAUGACAACUUAUUUUACAUUGCAUAGUUUACUUUUUAUUUUAUUUUCGUUUUAGUUUUUUAACAGAGAUGUUGUAUCACAUUUUUUAAAAUUAGCAGGAAGAAGAAAUGCUUAUUUGUUCAUAUUACGUUAAAAGACAUUCUAUUUUUUCACUGUAGAAAUGUUAAGUAUAACAUGUCUGUGUGUGUACGUGGGCGUUUAUCUAUGUAUAUCUAUAUGAACAUAUAUACAUAUAUAUUUAAAUGCGCACUUACACAUGCAUAUAUAUUUAAAAGCAGAAUAUAAGAAUAUAUCCAAACACUUAGUAUGAAUUCAAACUUUCUCCUCAUCAUAUUUUUUUUAUACCAGUCAGUGCUCAUGUUUGAAAAUAUAUUGGGUUUUUAUUAUUUUCUUCUUGUUUGUGAGUUUGUUUUUUGUAAUCCUUGUGAAAACCUUGUGUGUUUCUUUGGAAAGAGAGAGCAGGGGGAACGUCAGAGCUAUGCCUGAUUUCACUUCUGCCCUCGGGUAGAACCUGUGCCGAUGAGGAGAUGCCAUUUUUAAACUUUGCUGAGAUUCUUUGCUAUCAUUAACUUGUAGGCAUUAGUAUUCUUUUUGUUUUGAUUUUUGAGCAACUGUUGAUUAACUGGUCUACAAAAUAUCUAAUCAAUCCAAAAUGAUAAUUGACCCUCUUGGACUGUACCGUGAACGAUCCUGUACAGAAAACGACCCUCGGAGCUUUUAAGGAAAAAAAAAAAUCCUAAAUUCUUUCUCAUUUUAAUUUUUUUUUUUAACUUUUAUUAUUUUCAGACAUAAUGUGGUCAUUCAUUUUGUUAGAUAUACGCUAUGAUCUAGAAUAUACCUGUAAAUAAACAAAUAUAUAGAUUAUAUGUAUUUGUAUCAUUUGACCCUCAAGAUCUCAUACUUUUCAAUUGGGUAGAGAACUACAAAGAUGGAGGUUCUGUUCUGCUCAUACCUGAAACUCCUGCUGUUUGUGGAGCCUGUUUUCUCUUGCUCCUUCUCCAGCCCUGCUCCCUAGUAUUUAACUACCAUUCACUUUUUUUUUUUUUCUUCUUUUUCCGCCGCCUUUGAUUUCACCCGUUUGCAGUUGAGCUGGGAAAACACAGCAGCUUCUGUUGUCACACCUAUCGCCUCAGUGAGGGCAUGAGAUCAGCAUCGGGGAUCUGCUGAGAGAUUAGUCCACUGCUCCCAGCUGGCCAUUUGAAUUGCUGAGCAAAGAUCACGCCAAGGGUCUUUUACAUUUCCAUUCUUCAUGUGGACUCAAACUUUUUAUUUCCCUGCCCCCGGCAUUAGCAUGAGUCUGCCGAGAGAAAAGAUAAGACUUUUCUCUCUUGCACCAGACCAGAGGGGCCUUAAAACUGAUUGUGUUUUAAAUGAUUAGACCGCCAAAGUCCCAGAUUACAAAGAAAUUCCCCCCCCCCACUUGUGAGAAUCAAUUUGCACGCAUAGGUGUUCUUCUUUCCUUAAGUUUCUCCCAACCCCCUAAAAAAAAAAGAUGCCCAGCUGCCCAACUGCCCUAAUAUGCCGAGGUGUCAACCGCGAACACGCCAUUGGCUGGUGGACGAACGCAGCUACGCUGGAGGCCAGAAAUAUAGUUCAGUUGCAGUUGUGUAGAAUCAUACUCUGUGCUUUUGUCCGACCACGUUCUUGUUAUGGGAUGCAGAAAGAAAUCAGGAUUCGGAGAAACACAAGCAGUGCCCUGGUGCAACCAAGGGAAGCCCGAGACAACCAAAAAGCCUGCUGCAAAUUCUCAUUCUUCAGCUCGUCAUUUUUUUCUGAACAGUGGGGAAAACUCGAUGUGUUUUCGCGAUGAACUGUCAAAUCCUGGACCGAGGACUCCUGGGACUCACUUCUGAGAGACUGCUUCGAAGGGGCCCAUGCCAAAACUGAGGCCGAGGAGGUCUUUGGAAGCUCGUGCGGUGUGUUACUCUUUUGACUUUGUGUAAAGAUGCUAGACUUUUGAAAAAACAGACGCCAAUUUCACCGGAAUAUGUCGCCGAAUAUUUGGGGGUGGGGGAGAGAGGGGACUAACAGAAAAAAAAACCCAUCACUAACAAAAAGAAUGACAUCAAAAAGAGUAGAACAUAUACAGUACAUACCAGACGAAAUGAAAAAGAACCCAAACUCAGCUGAAUGGUUUUUUCCUUUGUAUGAGGGCCAAGUGCUAUCACUUUCAAACUGUUAAUUCUAACUGAAACAAUAACUGGUUAAAAGCCACUGUGUAUGUAGAUAUGUUGACUUUGUAUUAAAGAAAUGUUGUCUGAAAAUGA